AUGGGCAACACUGCGAGUGAUUCAUUAAAUCACAGUUUUAAACGUCUUCGUUUAUCGCAUACAGAGGAAUUGGCGUUACCAUCACCAUCUCGUGCAUCACCAAGAAGAAAAACGGCUUGCACUUACAAAACAAAUGCAACUCAGGCAAACGAUUCUUCUCACGAACACAAUGUGCAGGAACAGCUCCCCGCUGUUUUCAACAAAAGCAUUAACGCUGCGCAUACUUUAUCAUCAGAUUUUACUUCGGAAAGAAGCGGCUUACCUGGCAAGAGCUGUUAUCCUAUGGAUUCACUAUCUGACGAUGAAAUCAUAUCUCUGUUGAAAUCAUGUGCAAUACGUACUAUUCUACGCGACAUCGAUGAAAAGUCGUCCGAGGUAGACAAGGACAAACGUUGCGCAAUGCAAAACUGA